ACAGAAAGAGCAACGUCAGUAGACGCUGUGGGUGUUGAAUGGGUGGACGACUAUACUCUUCCACUCAUCCAAAUAGACCUCUCUCUCUCUUCAAAAAAAUUCCUUCCACCUCGACCUCUCCCUCUCUCUCUCCCUCUCUCACACAUAAAAUUCCUUCCACCUCUUUCUUUUCUUCUCCUUCAUCAUCUCGUUUAUCAUCGAUAGAUCUCUCUCCAGGAAAAUACCACCGUUAGACCAGUUUCUCUGAUCUCCUUUUUCCUGUGUUUCUGUUUUAAUCAGAACUCAAUAGCUUUGCAAGGACUGCCUUAUUUUUGAUUUCGUAUAACUUGGGUCAGUACGGCAUCUUAGUUCAUCUAUUUGCAUGAUUAAUUUGAUCAACAGGAAUUGAUGCAGUUCCUUCUGCAGAAUGGAGGUAUAUCCCUCAGAUUCAUUCCAGGCUUUUGAGUACUAAUUAGUGCGCCUUUCCUGAGCUCCGGAUUCCUUCUUCCUCCUACUCUAUUAAUUAUAUUACACUCAUGCAUAUAUAGAUCUGCCUUUACUGCCUAAACUUCUCUCUCUCUCUCUGUCUCUCAAUACCCCAACCGAUCUUUUCACUUCACCACAGCAAACCAACCAUUGCUUGAUAAUGAUGAAAGGUCUCAUAAUCCCCUCACAGCACCAGCUACUCGAUGAAAACAUGUCGAACUUAACCUCAGCCUCCGGCGAAGCCAGCGUUUCCUCCAACCAACAGUCCUCCUUCGCCUCCCCGAACCCUAACCCUAACCAGCAACCUGCAAAGAAGAAACGCAACCUUCCAGGCAAUCCAGACCCCGAAGCCGAGGUGAUUGCUCUAUCCCCAAAGACACUGAUGGCAACAAACCGCUUCAUCUGCGAGAUCUGCAACAAAGGGUUCCAACGAGACCAAAACCUUCAGCUCCACCGGCGAGGCCACAACCUUCCUUGGAAGCUCAAGCAGAGAACGAGCAAGGAAAUGAGGAAAAAAGUUUACAUCUGCCCCGAGGUCACGUGCGUCCACCACGACCCUUCCCGUGCUCUCGGUGACCUCACCGGCAUCAAGAAGCACUUCAGCCGCAAGCACGGCGAGAAAAAAUGGAAGUGCGAUAAGUGCUCUAAGAAGUACGCCGUACAAUCCGAUUGGAAAGCCCAUUCCAAGAUCUGCGGCACGCGUGAGUACCGCUGUGACUGCGGCACUCUCUUCUCUCGGAGAGAUAGUUUUAUAACCCACAGGGCUUUCUGCGACGCGUUAGCCGAGGAGAGCGCGAGGACGAUGACGGGUACUGCGUUGGCAGCUACUCAGCACCCACUGCUCUUUUCGGCGAAUCAGCCUCUUGAAGCUGCGAUGCAGUUUCCUCAUUUGAUAAGAGCGGGGGCUGAGGGCGGGGGGCAGGGCUUGCAAGAGCUUACUCUGAAGAAGGAAACACAGCAGCCAGCUUUCCCGGCAUGGUUGGGAGCUACAGCUUCCCUUAAUCAACUUGACAUUCCAUCUACUAUUUAUACCUCAAGGAUGGAGCAGGAGUACUCGCAGGAGAAUCAUCAGGCGAAUGGUUUGGCUCAUCAUUUAAUUCAAGGGCCGGCGGCUCCGGCACACAUGUCGGCCACAGCUUUGCUGCAGAAGGCGGCGCAAAUGGGUGCAACGAUGAGUAGGCCGACUCCGGUGAAUUCACAGAUGGCUGGCCAUAAUAAUGGGAAUAUUGUCAACCCUCAUGCUUCAGGUGGUUCUGGUGUGUUCGGGCUAGGAUUAUCUAGUUCUAAUCACAACGAAUAUAUUGGAGUGAAUGGGUCAACAGCAGGUGCUAGUCCAUUUCUGCAUGAUUUGAUGAUAAAUUCUCUUCCACAAGCUGGUUCUGGAUUUGAAUUGGGGUCAUUUGAGGAGCAUUAUGUGGGCGGUGGGAAUGAUGGAAUGACCAGAGAUUUCUUAGGAUUGAGAGCUUUUUCACACAAGGACUUGUUUAAUUUAGCCGGGUUUGAGACUUGCAUGAGUAAUUCUUCUUCAUAUGAGCAUCAGAAUAAGAAGCCAUGGCAUGGUAACUAAGCUAGCUUCUGUGUUCUACAACUGGUAUGAAUGCUAUGAUUUUUUUUUUUUUCUUUAAAGAAGAGAGGAAAGAGGGAGCUAGCUGGCAACUGGUUACUUCUAUGUUGUUUACUAUUUACUAUAUAUUUCUGUCUUUUUCCUUUUGUCCAAAUGGGUGAAAAGCUGGUUCCUUCCUGCUUCCACCCAUCACUCAUUUUGUGGCAGCUAUCAGAAAACUCAUAAGCAGCUAGAGAUAAAUAGUUGGUACCUUGAAAUAGUUGUUGUUGUAUGAAUGUCAUUGCUUUUAUCUGUGUAAUAAAACUUGUUAAUUAUAUACUCUUUUCAUGCUAAGGUUUGAAAUA